AUGCAGGAUAUAAAACUGGUGGAAAAUCGAAUAGAACGGUGUCUCCAGCUUUACAUGAACAAGAAAGAAGUUGUGAACACUCUCAUCAAGCAGGACAGCAUAGAUCCUCGUUUUACUGAUAUAGUUUGGCGGAGGCUUGAAGAACAAAAUCCAGAAUUUUUCAGCGCUUACUACCUUAAGUUGUUGGUGAAGGAACAAAUCAAUGAAUUCAACAGGUUGCUCUCGGAACAGGUGGAGCUGAUGUGUCGAACGGGAUCAAUUGGGUUGGCCUCCGUACCCACAUCUAAUGGAUCUCAUGUUUCACCAAAGGAUAUGCAGCUGCCAAAUGCAUUCAAUAAUUGUGGAUCAUCCAUCCAGUCUUGCGUGCAAGAAACUCUUGAUAUAUCUGCUCAUAGCAGAAAGACAGGUGUUUUGCCAAACUUGUUCUUGGGUCAGCAUUCAAAUGUGGAAUUGGCACAGGCAAUGAAUGGGAAGAUAGUCAAAACAGAAGCUGGUUAUGCUGCAUCGAGCCGAGUGCACAGCCCCUAA